AAGGGGGCUCAGCGUGGGAAAGGGAUGGUUGAGUUUUAACCGGAGGCUGAGCGUGAGUGGGAUCAGUGUGCACGCACCGCCCGCAGCCGAGCGCCCGAGCGGCCGCUGCUGUUAACUCCUCCCUGCCCGCCGCCGCACGAGCCUCCUCGGAGCCCGCGCGCCGCCAGCAUGAAGAGAGCUCACCCAGAUUACAGCUCCUCCGACAGCGAGCUGGACGAGACCAUCGAGGUGGAGAAGGAGAGCGCCGACGAGAAUGGGAACUUGAGUUCGGCGCUGGGUCCCAUGUCCCCAACGACGUCCUCCCAGGUUUUGGCCAGAAAAAGACGGAGAGGCAUCAUCGAGAAGCGCCGACGAGACCGAAUCAAUAACAGUUUGUCGGAGCUGAGAAGGCUGGUACCCAGUGCUUUUGAGAAGCAGGGGUCUGCCAAACUCGAGAAAGCCGAGAUCCUGCAGAUGACCGUGGAUCACUUGAAGAUGUUGCACACUGCGGGAGGGAAAGGUUAUUUUGACGCGCACGCCCUGGCUAUGGACUAUCGGAGUUUGGGGUUUCGGGAAUGCCUGGCCGAGGUCGCCCGCUAUCUGAGCAUCAUCGAAGGACUGGACGCCUCCGACCCGCUUCGCGUUCGCCUGGUCUCCCACCUCAACAACUACGCCUCGCAGCGGGAAGCCGCGAGCGGCGCUCACGCGGCCCUCGGACACAUUCCCUGGGGGGGCGCCUUCGGACACCACCCGCACCUCGCACACCCGCUGCUGCUGCCCCAGAACGGCCACGGGAACGCUGCCAGCGCGGCGUCCCCCGCGGAGCCCCAUCACCAGGGCAGGCUGGCCUCCGCUCAUCCGGAGGCGCCGGCCUUGCGGGCGCCCCCCAGUGGCGGCUUGGGACCGGUGCUUCCCGUGGUGACCUCGGCCUCCAAACUGUCGCCGCCGCUGCUCUCCUCCGUGGCGUCGCUCUCGGCCUUCCCCUUCUCUCUCAGCUCCUUCCACCUACUGAGCCCUUCGACACCCACGCAGGCAGCAAACCUCGGCAAGCCCUAUAGACCGUGGGGGACGGAGAUUGGCGCUUUCUAAAGAACUGAUACGGUAGAACCAGGGAGGGGAGAGAUUAAAGUCCCAGGUCCUCCGGGACGGUUGCCAACACCACCUUAAAGUCGGCAGUCAAAGUCAGGAAGAAGGUACACGUUCAGAUAUUUUUUUCUAAAGACUAAAGGUUUGUUGGUUUACUUUUUCCUCUGAUUUUUUUUAUCACGUCAUGUAUUAGCAGUUUUUUAAAAAUUAGUUGUUAAAUUUUGUUUAAACCAUUCAUUUGAGGUAGUGGUUAUGAACACUUGUGAUCCGUUGUCCGUCCUUUACUUUGUAAACCCGUAUGUCGAAGAAUGAUUCCAUUUGCCUCAGUUGGGGGAGUCUUCACAUUAGUGUUUUGGGGGUCAGUUUCCAAGCUUGUAUAAGUUGUAAUCUUUUCUAGGAUUAAUUUCCUAAGCCAUUAUGCUCAAUGUUAACAUGAUAUUGUUAAUAUUUCUGGCAGAUGAAGGUAUUGUAUAAGUGAUAUACUUUGGGGGGGUAGGAGGGAGGGCCAGCAAAGCAUUAUAUUUCCAAACAAAGCGUUGACAAAUCAGACGAACAGCUUUAUUCUAGCAGCACUAGCUCUCUGCCUCUCAGAGCGGUGAGGUGAGCGCACAAACUUAUCAGCUGCCCUGAAUCCAGAUGACCAGCCACUGGGGUCUGCCAGGCUCUGCUCUUCUAACAUUUCGGGUUAGAAACAGCCACUGGUCAUCUAGGUUCCCAUUGGGAGCAUUGGCAGAAGCGAGACGAUUGUGUAGACCAUGCCUGCACUUUCCAGCCCCAAGCAACACUUUUCAGCCUCACGGAUCUCAAGUUCACAAGCGUUAACCUGCCUAAGUGACCCUAGUCCGAAGGUAGUCAGCUCAGUGCCUGUUAAAUGCAUUACCUGAUUUCCCCGGAACCUCCAUAUUUUCUUUUAACUGGAAAUUUUUAUGUUGUGUUUUUCUUUCGGCGCAUGAAAAUGUGGUUCUUGUGAUACUUAAAAGGGCUUCCCUGCCUUCUCAUUGAUUUUUUUUUUAAGUUGAUUUGGGCUCUAAAAGUAUCGUUUUACAGGUUUGUUCCUUUAGCAGGUAUAGUUUGAACAGCCUCCACUGAACUGGGUUUGACCUCUGUUGUACUGAUGUGUUGUGACUAAAUAAAAAGAAAACAAAAGAACAA